AGAGGAAGAAGAAGAAGAGUCUUUCCUUCUUGUUGUCUCGCUAAAGCCAACAUGGCGGCUCCUCUGGAGGUGGUAAUCAGCAGUGAUUCGGGCUCCCAGCUCUGGAACUGCACCGUCUUCGACCUCCACAGCGGCUCCAGCCUGCUCUCCUACCGGGGAGGCAACUCUGCGGCCCGGAGCCUCGCCGUCCUGCGGGGGGAGUUUCUGCUCAGCGCGCAGCUGGGGAAGAACUUCAUCAAUGUGUGGGAGAUCCAGAGGAAGGACCAGCUGCAGCAGAAGAUCGUCUGCCCAGGUGUGGUCACCUGCCUCACCGCCUCACCUGACGGGGCUUUCCUCGCUGCAGGAGUCGCCGAGGCGGUCUACCUGUGGGAGGUGUGCACAGGUAAGCUGCUGGCAGUGCUCAGUCGACACUAUCAGGACGUCACGUGUCUGAAGUUCACCGACGACAGCAGCCAUUUUGUUUCUGCGGGCAAAGACAACCUGGCGCUGGUGUGGAACGUGUGCAGUGUGGUCCAGAUGGAUUUAAGCCACUCCCCCGAACCACGCCACGUCCUGUCCCGCCAUUCUCUGCCAAUCACAGACCUGCACUGUGGUCACAUGGGAGCUCAGGCCAGAGUUGCCACGUCGUCGCUCGACCAGACCGCAAAGGUGUGGGAGCUCUCCUCUGGUGAGCUGCUGCUGUCCGUCCUCUUUGACGUGGAGAUCAUGUCGGUAACCUUUGACCCCUCAGAGUACUUCCUCUUCUGUGGAGGACGUGACGGGAACAUUUUUCAGGUGUCUCUCUGCAGCCAGAGUCUGAACCGGGAGAAGUCGUUCCAGUCGGACAGCGAGGGAAACCAGGUGUUCAAGGGCCACAGGAGCCUGGUCACCUGCCUCUCCGUGUCCAUGGACGGAACUCUGCUGCUGUCCGGGUCGCAGGACGAGACGGCCCGCCUCUGGGACGUCCAGAGCCGGCAGAGCGUCCGCUGCCUCGCACACAAAGCCCUAGUCCAGACGUCCUUACUCUGGACCGGCAGAGCACCAUCCAGUGGUGUGAUCAGCAGACCACUGGGGUCCAGCCCGGUCAGGUCCGGACCCCCAGCAGUCAGAUGAACCGGAUCGGAAUCGAGGAGUUUCCUGCAGUCAGGCGGCAGGUCAGCCUGGUCAUCUGGACCAGUACCGGAACCAGAUGCGUCAGAGAGGCGGACCAGGGGUUCUGUUCCGGCCUGCUGGGACGUUCCUACUGGAGGUCGGGUUGAUGGCUCUGGAGAUCAAGUUGGGCGUCCCAUAAGGACCAGUUUUCGUGGCAUUCUGACCCAGAAACGCAUGAGAACAUUAGACCCUAACAGAACCAGGAGGAUGGGAGACCUUUAGCCGGUUCACCUGGAAUCUGCAGCCAAUCAGCUGAGAGAACUCAGGAAGCUGCUUCAGGUCCAG